AUGGCUUUUCAAAAAUCGCCCGAUGCCUCCAACGCCACGAGGAAAAACCCCAGCCUGCUGGAGAUAGGAGCCUUGUGCUUGGACUCGGAGAUCAUCUUCGGCUUCACCAGCCACCUCCUGCUCAGGAAAGCCAAGGACCCACGAUUAUCAGCUUUAAUUUUUGACAAGCUUCAAGUGCCUGACUAUUUGCAGAAAAACAGGAAUGAAGGAGAGAGCAGAUGCGAAACUUGUGCCACUCACUUGAAUCAGCUGAAGCAGGAAGCCAUUCAGAUGAUGCACACUCUCAAUCAAGCCAGCUACCCAGAAAUGCCUGACCUCCCGCCCGGCACCGGGGCAGUGACCAGCAUGGUACCCAGGAUGGUCACGGUCUCUUCCCAGAGAGACCUGCCGCUCAUUGCUGGGCAGGUGGGCAGGCAGCCUGGAAAGUCGCCGAAUCUCUUCUCUGGGGCAGAGCGGAAGAAGGGACUUGGAUGGUCUCAAGGCGCAGGCAGUUUUCCGAACUCCAGCGUUCAAGUCACGGUGGCCCCCAGCGGUCUCAGCGGUGCUCUCAGCUCGGUCACCAUCCAAGCUCAGCAGUACCUCGAGGGCAUGUGGAGUAUCUCCAGAGUGAACAGCUUCCUGCCUCAGGCUUGUCUAGCAGAAACAGCACUGGAGAGUGGCCGGGAUGGUCCCAAUGUUCAGAUCAGCUCAGGGCAGAACAACUCGGACCCCACGGGAGCAGGCAGUUCAGCAGCCUCCCAGAGCCUGGUUGCUCCAGCCGGGGUCUCGGCGGGUACCUCAGCUGCAGCUUCGUUCUUCAUAAGAGCAGCACAGAAGCUUAACCUGUCUUCGAAGAGAAAGAAAUACCAUCCGCCCCUGCCACACACACACGACUUCUCUAUUUAUGCUACUAACUUUAGUGGCAUCCUGCAGCUCUGUCCUCCCCCAGCACCACCAUGCCUUCUGAGAGCUGUGUCCAAAAUCAAGGACAACCCUGGCAUUGGAAAGGUGAAAGUGAUGGUAAGGAUUUGUCCCUCUCAAGGAGCACAUGAAACAUCUGAAUCCAUGUCCUUCCUAAAGGUAGACCCGCGAAAAAAGCAAAUCACGUUUUAUGAUCCAGCGGCAAGUGGGCCUUCCAAUGCAGGUCACAGGAGGGGCGUUGUUGCUGUCCCAAAGAUGUUCGCCUUUGAUGCGGUUUUCCCCCAGGAUGCUUCGCAGGCUGAGGUAUGCUCUGGAACAGUAGCAGAAGUAAUCCAGUCUGUUGUGAAUGGUGCAGAUGGUUGCAUAUUUUGCUUUGGUCAUGUCAAGCUUGGAAAAUCUUUUACCAUGAUUGGGAAAGAUAACUCUACGCAAAGCCUUGGUAUUAUCCCCUGUGCAAUUUCUUGGCUCUUCAAAUUAAUCAAUGAACGUAAAGAAAAAACUGGGACUCGUUUCUCUAUUAGAGUAUCUGCUGUGGAGAUCAGUGGCAAAGAUGAAAACCUUAAGGAUUUGUUAGCUGAAGUAGCCACUGGCAGCCUUCAGGAUGGCCAGUCUCCCGGGGUUUAUCUGAGAGAAGAUCCAAUAUGUGGAACCCAGCUUCAAAACCAAAGUGAGCUGAGGGCCCCAACAGCAGAGAAAGCUGCGUUUUUCCUUGAUGCUGCAAUUGCUGCCAGAAGUACCAGCAAACCUGAAUGCGAGGAAGAAGAUAGGAGGAAUUCACAUAUGCUCUUUACUCUUCACAUAUACCAGUAUCGCAUGGAGAAGAGUGGCAAAGGAGGAAUGUCUGGAGGACGCAGCCGUUUGCAUCUCAUUGAUCUGGGGAGUUGUGAAAAAGUGCUGAGCAAGAGCCGAGAUGGAGGAGGCUCUCUGUGUCUGUCUCUCUCUGCCCUGGGCAAUGUAAUUUUGGCCUUAAUUAAUGGUGCUAAGCAUGUGCCAUAUAAGGACAACAAGUUGACAAUGUUGUUGAGAGAAUCACUUGGGAACAUCAACUGCAGAACUACUAUGAUUGCGCAUAUUUCUGACUCCCCAGCCAAUUAUGCAGAAACUCUCACCACCAUUCAGCUUGCAUCGCGAAUUCAUCGAAUGAGAAAGAAGAAAUCCAAGUAUGCAUCCAGCUCGUCCGGAGGUGAGAGUUCAUGUGAAGAAGGACAUGUCCGACGACCGCCCCAUUUGCGACCAUUCCACCCACGAACUGUUGCCCUUGACCCUGACCUUCCUGUCCUGAGUAUAUCUAGUGAUCCUGAUUAUUCCUCCAGCAGUGAACAGUCUUGUGAUACUGUCAUCUAUGUUGGUCCCAAUGGCGCAGCUUUGUCUGACAGGGAAUUGACAGAUAAUGAAGGUCCUCCGGAGUUUGUUCCCAUAAUCCCAUCCCUAAACAAGAAGAGAAGUAAAGACAAUUCUGCUACUGGUAGGAGUUCUGACAAGGACCAUUUUAAAUGCAACACUUUUGCUGAACUGCAAGAAAGGUUAGAAUGCAUUGAUGGAAGUGAGGAACCCAUCAAAUUUGCUUGUGGAGAAAUCUCUGUUGUGUCCAAUUGUAGUCCAGUCCCUGGAGGUACAGAAAACGCACAGUCUAAACUUACAAAGGAAAAAAUAUCUUCUCCUUCUGGAGGAUUUAAGAAACCAGUUCCACAAGAAACUGCAUCUCCGAAAAAAGGACAUAACCUUCCUUUCCAGGCUGUUGCACCAAGGGGUGGCAAUGGCAAUUGUCAUGAAAAGAGCACACCUCACUUGAAACCAGAGCUUUCCAAGCCACAGAGCAGAGCUGACAACAAAAUAACAGACUCGAUACUGGAGGGAGAGAGAGAGACAAUCACCGAUUCCAUGCAGUCCUUAAGGUAUAGCCCUUCAAGGAAUCCGGAGCAGAAUAAGGCUACAGCUGAAUGUGUCAUUAAGGAAAAGUCCUUGUACAUGAAGAGACCCUUGCCAAGCCCAGCACCUCCACCUCCACAGCAGAAAGAGCACAUACCGAGCUCCAAAGCUGAGAAUUUGGAGCUGGACAAUGGCAAUGCAGUUCGGACUCCUCCUGUGGGAAUGAGCAAGCAGAUGGGAAACAAACCUGAGCAAAACCCUGUAGGAAGCACGUUCCUGCUUGGUAGCAAUGCCCAGAAUCAGUCAGGUGCGAUAGAGGUACACAGCUUCAGGUCAGCAUUCAGAGGGAAAUGUUUUGAUCGGGAUAUACUAACUACCACGGUGACUUUGCAGCAGCCUGUUGAGCUGAAUGGAGAGGAUGAACUUGUUUUCACUGUGGUGGAAGAACUGUCCAUUAGUGGGAUUAUGGAUAAUGGAAGACCUUCCAGUAUCAUUAGCUUUAACAGCGACUGCUCCCUUCAGGCUCUUGCAUCGGGUUCGAGGCCGGUCAGUAUUAUCAGCAGUAUAAAUGAUGAGUUUGAUGCUUAUACCUCACAGGAGACUUCUACUGGUGUAAAUAUUGAUAUUGUUGUGCCCUUUGCUAAGGAUCCCUUUACCAGCAGCAGACGUUCCUCCAUCAGUUCGUGGCUUAGUGAAGUCAGCAUCUGUACAAUCGAAAGUGAUGGAGCCCAGUCUAGUGACAGUUUUGUCGCACAGUCAUCUUACAGCUGUAAUAAGUCCGAGGAACCCUUCAACUUGGAUUCAUCCCAUUUGUCCGUCCCCCUAAAGAGCGCUCUGAACGACAGUGGAUUUUGCUUCUCUGAACUGGAGAGUGAGAGCUUGACCUCCAGCAAGCUCUCCUCGGGCAUCAGCAAAAGCCCUCAAACCUCUGAAACUACCAAAGCAUCUCAGAUAAAAAGUGCUUUUUGUGUCACUGAUCAGCCCGUAAAAAUAAAAUUUAGUAAUUCUCGCGAUACACCUGUGAUAGAAACAAUACAUUCUAGUCUUCCUAGGAAAACAAAAACUACCUCGUCUCCAAUCCACAAUAAUAAUGUCCUCAGCUAUAAAGAGCUGCAGAAUCCACAUGGUAUAUUUGAAGAUCCCUGGCUGUUGCGCACUGAUUAUCAGUUGGAAGCAAAACCUGCAGACUCACUGCUGUCUCCAAAAUCUCAUGCAUUUGGUACUGAGAAGCAGCCAGGAAAAGCUGCCCAGUAUUUUGGUGCAGCACCCAGGCCAACCAAGUCGCAGACUAUGCUUGCCUGUUCGCAGAGGGUUGUGGAUGGUUGUGAGAUGGCCUGCAGAUCCUCUAGCGGAGCUACAAAGAAGUCAGAAAUUCCGAUGAAGAUGCCACAGCUGAAGAGAGGAGCCACCACGCUGGGAGUGAUGCCAGUGUCACACGCUAACAGUACUUUGUCAGAGUCUGUGUCCCGAGGGAAUAUGGAUGCUUCCUUGGCCACUGGCAGCUUGAAAUCAUCACUGGGAAAGAAGAGCGCACCACAGAAGUCGACCAUGUUGCCCAGGCCAGGUGGGCCAACACCUCCAACACCUCCUGUACGCAAAUCGAGCCUGGAACAGAAACCCGUUGGUCUGGGUAGUGGUGGGGGAAAAGCCUCCAGCCUGGACUUCACCAGAGCUGCCACGCCAAAGGCUGAAGACGAAGCGGAUUUGAGCAGCAAAAUGAACCUGAAGGGCGACCACUCGUUGCCCAAGAUGACAUCCAGCUUAAAGGCGAAGGCAUCGAAGAGCGAAGCCGUGCACCGUUACGGGAGCCACAUGUCCCUGGAGAGGUGUGACAGCCUGACGUCAGUCGGAUCCAAAGCAAGCAUGGCGAGGGAGAAUGGGAGCACCAGCAACAGCCGGGCAGGGCGCUCCGUCCCCAGGCUGGGUGUCCCCCCUGUUGCCUCCGGUGUGGGUUUACCACCGCCCUUCACCGCCGCCGCACCUGGCAAAAACAGCCAGGCAAAACCCACAGCUAAUCAGAAGGUGCAAGCGAAUGGGAAUAAAAACCGGGGCCUCUCUGCCAGUGGUUCGAAGUCUCUCAGUUCCUCUGUGAAGUCCCUGGCGCAGCCCGCAGGGAAGGGCUCUGGCAUGGCCCCUGGCGGGAAGGCAGCCCCCCGCUCCGUGCAGCCCGUCAGUGGCAAACCCGGCCGAGGGACCAUCAUGGGGACCAAGCAGGCCAUGAGGGCGGCCAACAGCCGCGUCAACGAGCUGGUGUCGGGCGGCUCUGCCAAGGUGGGCCACUUCCGAGGCUCCACUGACUCUGACAGUGGCAACGACAGCGGCAUCAACCUCAGUGACGAGAAGUCUCAAAUGCCGGUGCUGCCUUCUCCAUACAGCAAGAUAACGGCGCCCCGGCGGCCUCAGCGGUACAGCAGCGGGCACGGCAGUGACAACAGCAGUGUCCUAAGUGGGGAGCUGCCGCCGGCCAUGGGGAGGACGGCUCUGUUCUACCACAGCGGGGGCAGCAGCGGCUAUGAGAGCAUGAUUCGGGACAGCGAGGCCACCGGCAGCGCCUCCUCGGCGCAUGACUCCAUGAGUGAAAGCGGGAUGUCAUCACCGGGCCGGAUGAGGAGCCUCAAGUCCCCCAAGAAACGAUCGACAGGUCUCCAGCGUCGCAGACUGAUUCCUGCUCCGUUGCCAGAUGCUGCCUCCCUAGGAAGAAAACCCAGCGUUACUGGCCAAUGGGUUGAUCUACCACCUUUGCCAGGCACUUUAAAAGAGCCAUUUGAAAUUAAAGUUUAUGAGAUUGAUGAUGUGGAACGAUUACAGCGACACAGACAAGAGGAAACUGAGCCUUUCCAGGAUGUUGAGAAGGGUCUGAUGUAUUUCCAUACCAAGCUGAAGAUACUAGAAAGGCGCCAGCAGCGAAUCAGAGAAGUAAAGGCAAAGCAUGAAUUUUUGAAGGAAGAGUUGGAAGAGACAAAGUGCAGGUUGAUGAUGGAUCCAAAUAAAUGGAAAGAAGACUUUGAAGUGGAUCCUGAUCUCGAUAAGGAGUCGCAGGAGUACCUGGAGGCACUGGAACAAGUGACAGAGGAACUGGAGCAGUGUGUUAAUCUGUGCAAGUCGCAUAUCAUGAUAGUGACGUGUUUUGAUAUUGGAAUAACAGAUGCACAAGAUGGAGUAAGGGAAGUGGAGGUUUGA